AGGGAGGGCAAUCUGUUCUGGGCUCUAAUAAGACCCGAUGGCUGGUACAAGGUGGCCAGGAGCGCUUCAAGUCAUCAAAGGACGCUGGAAGGAGAAGAAGGGGAGGAGGAAAACAAAAGUUAAGACGAGACAGGAGGAUGAGCAUGGCUGUCGGACUUUAUGGUGCACAUCAUGAUUCAUGCAUGGGAUUUAGCAAUCACUUGGAGAGCAGCGCCAAUUGUGUCUUGUAGAAGAAGAAGAUGACUUUAACUGCACUUGUGGCACCCAUGAGUGGAAUUGCACAGCAACAAGUGUGUGUGUCUUCUUAGUUUAAAUACCUGAGGAACCUUUUUAUAGUCUACUUAAAAGGAGCAUUAUGUCCAAACAGCAAGUAAGUUUUCAUUGUAAAGCUCUAUGUUAUAUGGAAUGGAUCAAGCUGUGACCCUAUCCUACAUGUCACCCAAGCCUCCCCAAUGAAGCAGCCCGGCUGGGCCCGGAGCUCUCACCUCAGCCUGCUUGCCCUGUGGACCUGCCUGUGUCUGGCGGAGGGAUGCGGACCGGGGCCUGGGUACGGCGUCCGGUCCAGGCCCAGGAAACUGACAGCCAUGCACUAUAAGCAAUUUUUCCCCAACUUCUCAGAGAACAACCUGGGGGCCAGUGGGAGGGCAGAGGGCAAGAUCACGCGCAACUCUGAGCGCUUCAAUGAACUGGUGUGCAACUACAACCCAGAUAUUGUGUUCAAAGAUGAAGAGAACACCAAUGCCGAUCGCUUCAUGACAAAACGCUGUAAGGAGUGUUUGAACAGGCUGGCCAUAGCUGUAAUGAACCAGUGGCCAGGGGUGCACCUACGAGUAACAGAGGCCUGGGACGAGGAUGGUCACCACCCUCCUGGAUCUCUCCACUAUGAAGGUCGUGCUGUGGACAUCACCACCGAUGACAGGGAAACGGACAAGUACGGACUGCUCGCCCAGCUGGCUGUGGAGGCGGGCUUUGACUGGGUCCACUACGAGUCCAAAUAUCACAUCCACUGCUCUGUAAAAGCUGAUCACUCUGUUGCAGUGGAAAAGGGAGGCUGUUUCCCAGGCUGGGCCCGGGUGACAGUUGCUGGAGGCCGGCAGAAGACCUUAUCAUCACUGACCCCUGGGGACAAAGUCAUGGCCGUGUCUACGACAGGCCAAAUAGUAUUUAGCCCAUUCCUGUUGUUUCUGCACCGGGAUCAAGAAGCCCGGUCCACUGUUCUGUCUCUGAAGACAGAAGACAGUCAUAGAUUGGCUGUCACUCCACAUCACUUGGUCUUCUUAGACCCUGACUGCACACGUGACAGCAGUAAGUACAGGGCUUGGUUUGCCAGCAGAGCCAGAACCCAGGACUGUGUUCUGAUCCACCGAGCAGACGGUCGGUUACACCAUUCUCGCAUCAUUUCAGUUUCAGUACAAGAGACUAUGGGCGUCUAUGCACCUUUGACAGAAGAUGGAACUUUGUUUGUUGACGGAGUGCUGGUCUCCAGCUACGCAGUAGUGGAAGACCAUGCACUUUCACACUGGGCGUUUGGACCUCUGCGACUCCUCUCCUCAUUGGAGCGCCUACUAUGGGGGGAAACUACACUAGUUAGUUGCACUAACACAACUUCACUUCAUUGCGGCACUUUGGUCAAAGAGGACACCGCAGUUUUCUAUGUGACGAAUAGUUCUAUUGGACAUCAGGAUGUUGAUGAGAGACUCAGUCAUCAGACAUCCAAAGUGCACUGGUAUGCUCGCUUACUGUACACUAUGGGCUCCAUCAUUUUACAUCCCAACACUUUCCACCCUUAGAAGUACAGACUUAACUGCUACAUUUUCACUAACACCUCCAGUUUCUCUUCACUUGUUCUGAACAUCAGUGUGUUGAUCCUAGCAUAAUGCACCAAUCUUACUGGAUUAUUUGUAAUUGAAUAUAUUAUAGACAUUAUCAUGGACAUUUUUCUCCCACAUGUAAUAGUGAGUUUCUCAAAUCAAUAGAAUUUAUAUUUUUGUACCCUAUGAGUUGGAAUAUACCUGGUAAAUGUUUCCAAUUAUAAUAAGUGCACCACUUGUAUCGAAUGUCCUCACAUUUUGU